UCGUUAUCAUCAGAACAAACUCUUUCUGUUUUUCAUUUUUUACAACACAAAAUACUAUUGUUAGUUUCGACUUUCUAGUUUUUAUCACAAGGUAUGAUCUCACAAUGAAAAGAAUACACAUUUUAGUACUGGAACUGUUUGUAAUUUCAGUAUUCAAGCCUUCGAUCGAGUUUCCGAAAAAUUCCUCCGGAGAACCGGGACCAGUCAUUCAACCCGCUGGAACUAUAGCGAAAAAUAAGACAACAGUAAAAAAAAUCGCCAGCGACAGUGCAAGUUCGGCGAAAAGUUUAGCCCUGGAAAUUGCGUCGUCUGCUACAACUGCGAAACCGGAAGCAAUCACAACUGCCGAUCCGCUGCCUUCUUCCAAGGACCAGAAGGAAGAUGUGGUGCAACGAAUACGUGAUCAAAUACUUCAGGAUAAAGGUCAGGACGACGAAUCAAUACAGCACAUACGUGAUAGUGAAUUUUUGAAUGCAUUCCACGAAGCGAUCGACAAAGAGAUUAUCGCGCCUAGCUUCAUUCAAACUUUGGCCUCGGUGUCCGAACCACUGGUGAUAACCAACUACACCCGAGAUACGCUGUUAAUAAAAUCGAUUCGAGAGGAUGCGAAUUUUACCUUCGGAAAUGGUGUAUUCUCGUGGAAAACAAUGGAGCACAAAAACAAAGAUCAGCACCUAAUCGUUGGAAUAAGUAACAGCAGUAUAAUAAUCUUGCAUGAAAAGAUGGGUGUGUUCUCGCUGCAGCAAGAAAUUCCGAUGGAAACGGUACCUUCCGCAUUCGAAAUUAUCACCGUGUGGGACAGUGCGGCGGAUGCUGCUGUAAGUGGUUUGAUUGUGGCAACCGAAAUGUCGCUGGUAUGGUACACGAUGAGGGAGAAAAGUAAUUUUGCCCUCAAAGAAGAAUGGCGAUGGCCGUUGCACAAAAUGACAACUCUGAUCAAGCGUUUUCACUACAAAGAUAUCGAUAUGAUCCUUCUGGUGGGGACGCAUCCCAACAAGGAACGUUCAAUCUCGGCGACGUUGUAUGAGUUUAACUUUGAACGUCAACAAUUUUGGUUGAUGCAGAAGCUGGUUUUGAACUUUCCGUGUCCUACCGUGGGUGUUGUGAACGUGGGCAGCGAGUUUUUAGUGGCCUUCCCUCAGAAUGAUACAGCCUUGAUUUACACACUGGAAGCGGGAAAGGAGUAUCGCGGAAAGUUUACUCUUUUAGCUAAUUUUACUUCAGAGAAAAUCAAUUCCGUUGGUGCUUUCCAAGUGGGGCGCUAUGCGUACAUUGCCAUCGGCGGUAAAUCACCACAAAUACUGCGCUACGCAAACGGAAACUUUACUUCGCAAAACAUCCCAACCGAAGCGUUGGAAACGGUAGAGUCAUACCUAGAGAUACCAACCAUGACUUACCGCGACGAUCUAAUAUUACUGGUGCAACAUAGAAUAGCUUUUUCCACGCACGAAAUACAACGUUUGGAUGUUUUGGUUUGGAAUGGGGAAUCGUUCGACAUCCGAAGCAACAUUCCCUGUUACGUAGAGGAAGAGUUGAUAAGUAAUGAGGUUUCCUGUUUGCUCGAUUUGCACAGACCGAAAGGCAUCGUCGGUUCGGCAAUUGUCCAACGGGAGAAGCAAAUGUUGAUGAUCGUGCCUCGCCAUCGGGCACAUUCCAGCUUGUUCAACAUACAAAUAGGAUUACUCUCGUCGGAACAUCCAAUUAAUCAAAAGGUUAAGGAAAUUCACGACACGGUUGAUGCUUUCACUAAAAUUCUUCAGUACCAGGAUAUUGUGAUUAGACAGGCACUUGAAUUGAUUUCGCAGGCUGGAACGACUGUCCAGUCACAGAUGCUGUUGGAAAAUUACACGAUGCAAAGUCUCCACGCAGAUGUAGUGUAUAUGGAUCCGGAUGUACGUUGGCCGAACGAUACGAUCUACAUCGGAGAUGUACCUUGGACCUAUGAAGAUUCAUUAGUUGACAUUCCAGCUUUGAUACAAGAAAUGGAGUACGAGGAAGCACAUCUGUUACGCUUGGAACAGGAGCUUGCUUAUGCGGUAAGGAAACACAACGAUAGUUUCACGUUGGAACUGGAGCAACCGUUGCGGGUGAAAGGACACGUGGAAGUUCAUGGAUCGUUGGUAACCGAUGACCUGUACGUUCAGCGACUGGAGAAAGAAUCGCCUACGACUCGUGCUACGCGGGCAAGUGAGCAACCAAUCAAGGAAUUACGCGUGCAGUAUCUUGAUGUGCGGCAUUUGAAUUUUAAAAACUUUAAUGGACACCCGGCAAGUGAAUUGGUUUUCAAUACUGGAAACAAGAUUGAGUUGAAUAGUAAGAUAAUCUUCGAAGAUACGGUUGUGGUGGGUGACGUUGUUUUGCCCAACGGUGGCACAGUAAACGGGAUUGAUUUGAGUGAGUCCGUGGUGCACUUUGGUGGCAAUGGUCGAAGCUGGAAUGAACUGAAGUUCGAAAGUCUAGAAGUGUCGGAUGAUGUUAUAGUCCAUGAUUCAAUAAACGGAGGAAAGCUAGAUGUGGGACAACUUCGAGAGGAAAGCUUUACACCGAAUGAUGUGUUGAAGGUGGAAAAAUUGAUACUGAAUGGUAGCUUGAACAUUCGUAACUUUAACGGUGUCCCGUGGGAUGAUUUCGUCGAACGAAUUGUGCUGAAAAACCGUCCGAAACGAAUAACCGAGCUGCGGGUCGAAGGUGACCUAAUUCUGGAGCAUCCUAACAUAACCGUUAGUCAUUUGAAUGGAUUAGCUUUCCCUGAUGACUUUUUAUUGUCAAAUGGACCCAAGACAUCGGUCAUUACCGGGCAUAAGCGAUUUAUGAGUACAGCCUUUGCCAAUACUUUGGACGUUGCUGAAACAGUGAAUGGAAUUGAUCUGAAGGAUAUCAUCACUCUGCACGACGAUCAACACAUACCAGGAAACGUAACAUUUGAGGAACUACACGUUACCGAGAAGUUGGAAGUACACGGAGCUAUUCAUGGAGAAGAAAUCGAUCAACUGCUCAAUAAUCCGACAUUGCUGCAGGCAAAAAUUAUCAAAGCGGCAUGUCAUUUUGGAGAGUUACACGUUGACGGUCCGGUGAUAAUCCGUGACACGUUGAAUGGAGCCAAUGUUGAUGCAUUGCUUGGGGAUGUUGUCUACGAUACAGAACGGACGGUGGAAAUUCUCGGUCAAAAGCGUUUCAAAUCGGUAGAGUUCCAUGAUCGUGUUACCAUCGAGUCCGGGCUGGUAAAUGACAUUAAACUAGAAGAAUUCCUUACACGCAGUACGGAGCAAACCCUGGAUGUUAAGGAGAUUAAGGGUAACGUUUCUAUAGAUCGAUUAACGCUGGGUGGUCUUAUCGAUGGGUUGAAUGUCACCGAGCUAGAUAUGAACUCGAUAAAGCUGUACGGUGAUCAAUACACUGAAGCUACCCUGAUAUUCGAGAUUCCCCCCGGAGAUACUGGUCCCGAUAUUGAGGUGAACGAGUUGCGAAUCGAGAAGCAGUUGAGCACUAAGAGCGGAUAUUUGAAAAUAGAUCAAGAGGAGCUAAUUGUGGCUGGAGAUGUUACCGUGAAUAGUUUGAGCGUUGAUAGUCUGCAUCUCAUCUCAUCUUCGAUUGAUGGCCCAAGCAAGACGAUCAGCGAUGUUCAUUUGCCAACUUUCGACAGUUUGCGAUUCAGUUUGACGCGAUCGCAGGAAAUCGAUGCCCCGGUGUACGUUGAUAAGUUAAUUGUUAAGAAGACGGCCGAAGUUUUGUUUGCUAACGGGAAUGACCUCAGUCAGCUUAGAACCAUAGAGGAUCAGAUAGCCGAUGUGAAAAAUCAAUUGUUAAUGGGCAAACUUCAGGUCGAAAAUCUCUACGUGGGUGGGGAUCUGCAGGUGAAAAUGCUAAACGAUAUCGAUUUUGAUGAGCUGCUGCAGAAAGUGAUUUGGUUGAAUCGACCAAACUACAUACGAGGGACCGUUCACUUCUUGGAUCCAUUGUAUAUCCGUGGCAAUCUAACGGUUGACGGAUUGAUCAACGGUGUCGAGUUUGACGAAUUUGUUAAAGAUUUAGCACUAAAAUCCGAUGAGGUUGUGGAGUUUUACGAACCUAUAAUAUUUCGAAAUGGAUUUCACGUCAAUGGUAAUUUCGAUACGGAUCGAAUAAAUGACAUCGGUAUUGAUGAGUUGAUACUGAAGAAUCAAACCGUCCACAUACCGGGAGAUUUAACAAUUCACGGUCGGUUGUUUGUUGACCAUUUGCUGAUUGAGGAUAGUUUUAAUGGUGAACCGAUUCAGAAGUUGGUAGAUCGUUAUCAGUAUGACGCGUCUCGCGACGUUCACGUGAUUAAGGGGGACUUGAUUUUGAAUGUUACCACCAUUGACUCGCUACAUAUUAAAGAAGGAUUUAAUGAUAUUCCGAAUCUGGACCUUCACCUGGCUUCGUUGAUUCGAAAAGAUCAGGAUUAUAACUUUACCGGUCCUAUUGUGUUUAGCGAUGAGGUUACUUUCGAGCAUGGACUCACAAUACAUACCUACAAUGGGGUGGACAUCUCUCAACUGCAGCAUGAUAUUGUACGUAUUAACGAAGAGGCUCCAGUGGAGCUGUCAGCUGGGGUUGUGUUUGAUGCGCCGGUGGACAUCGAAACGCUUAUAGUGGAAGGCGAUAUGCUUGCACCAAGCAUAGACGGAUUGAAUCCAGAUCGAUUGCCUGAAACGUCGGUGAUGAUCAAUGAGGAUUUAGAAAUAUUUGGGAAAGUAAUUUUUGCUCCAGGAACAUUCCAAACUGAGCACCUCGAUGUACAGACCAUCAACGAGUUGCCCAUGGACCAAAUUAUCACACUGCACACUGAUCAGGUAUUGAAUACUACCCUCUACAUCGACGAAAUGACGAUCACUCAACCGCUGGAUGUUGACGGAACAGUCAACGGGUACUACUUUCCCCAUGAAAGAGCAAACACCGUUAUGACAUACGGAACUCAGCACAUCCGAAUUCCAACCAUCUUCAACUCGAUCCGAGUGCUCAAAUCGCUGACUCUGCCGUCGACCAUCAACGGCAAUCCUUUCGAUCCUAUCCUGAUAGGCCCAAAUAUGGUAAUCGAAUCUCCCGUUCAUUUUCAUCAUCUGAUCGUUGAUAAUCUCGAAACGCGAGACAUGAUUUCCGGGGUGGAUUUCGAUCGGUGGUAUCAGGACAGCCUUUGGACUGCCGGUCGCGAUCAUCAAGUGAUCGAAGGCAAGGUAAGCACCGAGGACUUCCGUGUCGAAGGCGGCCGCGUUGAUGGCAACGGAAUGAUCAACGGGGUAAACAUACGAGAAUUAGUUCAGCAAAUCGAAGUUACAGAACAGGCUAACAAUGAACGACUGCAUGAGUAUCGGUCGCAGUUUCGCACCCUGUGCAAGUCAACGCAAGAUUUGGUAGGCAAAUCACAAAACCGAUCAUACUCCUUCAAGUAUUUCACCCAACGUCAAGUGAUCAGUUUACCGCAACAAAUAAAGUCGUUCCACUUUUUCGAUCAUCUCGGGUACCAUUUCUUAGCAGUAAAUAGCGAUUGUGAAACACAUUUGUACCAAUGGGACGCCAUUGAAAAGGUGUUCGCCCCCCUGCUAGUGGCACACACCGGAGUUGUUGAGCAGUGGGAAACUGUAAUCGAUAACGAUCGAGCAGUCUUUCUUUUGACUAGAUCUUCUGGAGGAUACUGCCAAUGCAAUGUUUCAGGAGUAAAUGUAUGGCUGUUUACCGGCAUACAACUCCAACUCAUGUGGCACACCAACGAACCUUUCUCGGCACUCAGUUCAAUGGCAGAAAAGCACGAUAGUUUUUUUGCGCUGAAUGAAAAUGCUGUCAUCGAAUUCAGAAUCGAUGGAAGCUUUAUCGAACAGUGGGAACUUCCAACGAGUCAGGUUGGAUACAGAUUCGUUCCAAGUAAUAUAGGAUUAGGAUUAGCUUUGAGCGAUGGUCAUCUGUUGGUGUUACUAACAAAUGUCAACAAUACCGAAGAGGUGGUUCGAACUAAGCGAAACAGUAAUGAAACCGUGGAAAUGGGUCUGUUCGCUACCCAAGCUAUGUAUGAUCGUCUGCACAGGAACUACACAUACGAUCAUUUUCGCACACCAGCCGUCCAAGCGGUAACGUUCACUGAUAACAUUAGACCGGGCGUGCGAACAGCGCAACCGCAGGUCAAACAAAUCAACGGUACAAUCGUUACCAUUGACAAAUUGAACCCCGCUAACCUGUCGCUAAAAGAUUCCCUUGUAGAAGCCUCCACGCUAGUGGAAGCUACUGUUUCCAAAGAAAUGCCACUGGGUGGCAUCUUUACUAUUAUAAAUCACAAUUUUCCCACGAAACUUAACGGUGACAUAAUCGGCUUUCGAGUUGGAAAAGUCAAUAACAAGCAACAUCUAGUGGCAGUCUCCACCAUGGUGGAUACCAUUGUUCGAGGUAACCAUGAUGCCAUAAAAAUAUAUACCAACAUCCAACUCGGGCAGCUCUAUCAGAUUCUUCCGUGCCAUCGCCCGUCCCACCUGACCGCACUGGAGCUGCGAGAUGAAACCAUAUUGGCCUUUCUGGAAUCACGUCAGACUGUACAGAUUUAUAACUACCGCGAAAUGGAGGGCUUCGUACAUUCCGGCAGCUUCCGGUUGACAGUACCGGUUGUUCAGAUGACCGGAGUUGCCGUACCGCAGCCAUCGCGGUAUCUGUGCCGAAAGCACUAUCUAGCUAUUGCUACUCAGCAACAGGAGCUGAUAUUUUUGAAGGCCAAAACGCAAGGAAAUUGCGGACUCACCGUCGAGCUGGUCUGUGACGACGAGGAUUAGGGUAAGCAUUUUUUUGUUAGAAUGUAGAGAUACAAUGUAAACUGUAUUGUAUUGUAGUUAGUGUAGCUUGUAGUAGCAUGAGAAUUUUUUAUACCGGUUAUAUUUUGUUCACUAAUCAUUAUUUACAAGUAGAUGUAUGCAACUUA